GUCGUCUGCUAUUACAAACUUGACUGAGCAAAAGGAAGAGCAAUUCCUUUUCUCCUAUCGCUUGUAUGGACGUUAUUUGUCUCGCCGUUUCCUAGUUUGGUGGAUAAAUUUGAUUGUAAUGAAAGAUUUGUCGUAAUAUCUGUGAGUCUCGUUUUUCAGUUGGAAAUGUCAAGCAAGGCUUGCAAAAGCUGUGGUGGCACAGACGUUGAUGUGGAUCAUGCUCGAGGCAUUGUUGUCUGCACAAACUGUGGUGCUGUUCUUGAAGAAAAUUGCAUCGUUUCAGAAGUACAAUUUGAAGAAAAUGCCUAUGGAGGUGCCUCUGCUAUUGGACAGUUUGUGUCGAAUGAAAACCAAGGGGGAACAGGUUUCAUCAACAGCUAUCGUGGAGGAAAUGGAAAACAGUCCAGAGAGAUAACUAUGAAGAGGGCUCGGGAAAAAAUAACUACCAUGGGCCAGCAAUUAAAUUUGAACCAACACUGCAUAGACAUGGCUGUCAAUUUUUAUGGCAUGGCUCUUCAGCGUCAUUUGACAAACGGCAGAAAAUCCGCUCAUGUUGUGGCUGCAUGCAUUUAUAUUACUUGCCGCAUGGAAGGGACCGCCCAUCUUCUGAUAGACAUUGCAGAUGUUAUAGAUAUCGACGUUUACACACUUGGGCACACUUUCAUGCAGAUUGCUAAGAUGUUUAAUCUUAGUAUUCCCUCAGUUGAUCCUUGUUUGUACGUGAUGCGCUACGCUAAUCGAAUGAACUUUGGUGAUAAGACUCACGAAGUGUCCAGGUCUGCCUUACGACUUGUGCAGCGGAUGAAACGCGAUUGGAUUCAUACUGGUAGACGUCCAUCUGGGCUCUGCGGGGCGGCGCUGCUGAUUGCUGCCCGAUAUCAUGGCUUUAAUCGGACUGUGAUUGAUGUCAUCAAAGAGGUGAAAGUCCACGAGAACACGGUCCGAAAACGCAUGCAAGAAUUCGGUGAGACUGCGUCGAGCAGUUUGACUCUCGAAGAGUUUAUGCAAGUGGACUUGGAAGAAGAACACGAUCCACCGGCCUUCCUCAAAUCUCGGAAGAAAGACAGGAUUGACGAAAUUGAGGAAGAGUCGACAGAAGAGAUGGUUGAACUGGAGAAAGAGAUCAACCGGCAGAUUGCCUUGAGCCUAGCGAAGAAACGAGGUCCUUACGCGAAAUACGCCAAAGAGGCCCUUGCGAUUCCAGACUCACCUAUCGCCGGCCCCAGCAGGACAAGUAGUCCAUCCACCGAUCCUGAAGUUGAGGACGUCAUCGCCGACAUGACGAUGACAGCCGUCAAGGAAUGCCUGACCCCUACCGAAGCUGCCGCCGUUGAUGCCAACUCCUUACCCACUGCCCGAAAAACUACUUCCGAUACAGACGAAUCUAUUUUGAUGCCUCCACCUGGCGCCACGUACCUUCAACUACGCCACCAUCUCAGGCCUUCAUUAGCCAGUUUGGGUAUUUUCUCGGGAUCCGUGGAAAAGGAAGAACUCAGCAAACAAGACGAGGCUCCACCCGACUCGGGCGAACUGGAUUUGGAAGGAAUAGAUGACUCAGAAAUGGACUCGUACAUCAAAACGGAGGACGAGGCAAAGAUGACUACUGACAUGUGGAUGGCAUUGAACGGGGAAUUCAUGAAAGAAUUGGAAGCCAAACAAAAGCGGAAGGCGGAAGAAGAAGAAGAGAAGCAAAAGAGGGGCGAAAAGCGCAAAAGAAAGACGGCCAGGAGGCAACCCCAGCAAUCAUAUUCGGGGUCCACUCCAGGUGAAGCGAUUGGCAAGAUGCUGAUCGGCAAACGUAUUUCCAAUAAAAUCAAUUACGAUAAAUUGAAGGACUUGGAUUUCUCCUUUGCUCCUUCGUCAUCUCUUUCCGAUUCUGGACCUUCGACAUCAACUGCGUCCGACGAGCCCGUGGUGGAAACCAAACCGUCUGUUUCUUCCUCUACUAGAUCCAGCGGAGCCAAAGUGAACUUGUCAGCUACGAAGCCCAGAGGCAGUGCAACGAAAUCCGAAACGAAGCCUCAAAAAGAACAGCUCCUACCGCCUUCGCCACCUCCUCCCCAGCCAGAAGACAUGUACGAGGACGAGGAAGAGGAAGAAGAGGAGGAAAUAGAAUCGGUCGGAAACCUACUCAACAACUUCAACGGAGAUGGAGGCUACGGUGACGACUACGACGAGUACUAGCUAGCCUUCUCUCUUGAGAUGCCGUAUAAUAUGUAUACACACAAAAAUUUUGUUUAUUUUUUCUCCUAGCACCAUGCCAAUUUCUCUCAUUAUCCUACUUUUGCAAAAUUUUGUUUCUUCAUUCGUUUAUUUAACCGUUGAAUAUUUGAAUGUGUGCGUGUCAAACCAAAAGAAUUUGUCGGCGCUCUCUCCUUCCUCGCAAACUGUCCCUUCUUCAGUAUUUCUCGCUAGAUGUCGGCCGGCUUUUUCUUUCCUUUAAAUACGGAAGCCGAUCUUUUCACACGACUCCCCCCGCCCACUGACCGAAAUUUUUUUAGUAUAUAGCCAUUGAUACAGCUACCGUCUUUCUGCGGUACAUAAUAAAAGAAAAAGGAAGUUUCUCCCUCCCUUAACUCUAGGAACUAGAA